CUAACCCUGACCAAAUGUGUUUGUGCCUAAACCUAGCCAGACCUUAACCACAACGAUGCCACAUCAUAAAACAUUAUUUUUCUAGUUAAUGACAAACAAGAAACACCGCGUACAGGUCUCGCGAGAGUUUGUCGGAUGCUGUAUGCUGUGGAUAAUAGAAACAUGAGUAAGUCAACAGUUAGCUGAAGUAAACUCGUGAAUCUCGCUGGUUUUACAAAACUUUACGAUGUCAGAGUAUCUUGAGUAAAAGCCAGUUCACAAAGUAGUGUAAAGUUUCAGAUGAAAUAUGGAAGCGAACAGAAGAUAAACCUCCAGCCUUCAGUGUGUGGUCUCUGCUCGUUUCACAUUGACGUUAGUAAGUCCUGUCGGGAUGGCAUCAGAGGAUGAAAUCAAUCUCCUGGUGGUCGUCGUGGAUGUGAACCCGAUAUGGUGGGGACAGCAAGCUCAACGUGAGCCAGAGUUCACCCUGUCCAAGUGUCUGGAUGCAGUCAUGGUGAUGGGUAACUCCCACAUGGCCAUGAACAGGACGAACAAACUGGCUGUCAUCGCUAGCCACUGUCAAGACAGUCAGUUUCUGUAUCCCAGUAAGAGCUGGAGAGGCGGGGACGGUGGGGAGGAUGCAUCCUCCAGUGGGGAUGGAAAGUAUGAACUUCUGUCAGUUGCCAACAACCUCAUUGCAGAGGAGAUGAGGAACAUUAUGUCAAAAACUGAAGUGAGGGGAAAUUCGACGGAUACUUUGUUGGCUGGAUCCCUCGCCAAAGCUCUCUGCUAUAUUCACAGGGUCUCAAAGGACAUGGAAGUUGGACGGGAGAUAAAAUCAAGAAUACUGGUGAUAAAAGCGGCAGAGGAUUGUGCCCUCCAAUACAUGAACUUCAUGAAUGUGAUUUUUGCAGCCCAGAAGCAGAACAUCCUGAUAGAUGCCUGCGUGCUGGAUUCAGAAUCGGGUCUCCUGCAGCAGGCUUGCGAUAUAACAGGAGGAUUGUACCUGAAGAUACCAAAGAAGAUCGCCCUGGCACAAUAUCUUUUGUGGGUGUUCCUGCCCGAUUCUGACCAGCGUUCACAGCUGUUGCUGCCACCGCCUGUGCACGUGGACUACAGAGCGGCAUGCUUCUGCCAUCGUAACCUCAUCGAAAUAGGUUAUGUCUGCUCAGUUUGUUUGUCAAUAUUCUGCAACUUCAGCCCCAUCUGUACAACUUGCGAGACUGUUUUCAAAAUCCCACUACCACAUAUGGUCAAGGCCAAAAAGAAAAAACUCAAGACAUCUACAUGAUUUCUGCAGAGAUUAUACCAACGUAGUUCUUUUCCUCUCUUGUGUUACAGAUUAUACCAUUUUUGUUAGGCAGAGAUUUGUAACAUAUUUCAUUUACAUCCUUUGAGGCAAUUGGACCAAAUGCUACUACUGAACUGAUGUCACAUUUAUACCUGUUAUUCUGGUAUUUUGUUUUUAUAGAAACAAUCGUGUCUUCCUGAGUAAUUUGAUCAAAAGAAUAUGCAAAUAUUUAACAUAUAAAACAUAAACAUUUGGUCUGAUUUCAUAACAUUUGUUUGCAUGUCUUAAUUGAUGUGACUGAAUUCACAUUAUAUUAACAACUGGCAAACACUGACUUUUAGCAGGCUAUGAUGUUGAGUAAUGAAGAGUCCCCACUUGAAAGA